UUCGGUUCGUUCUAGUUCAUUUACGCGGUUCAGGACUCCGGUCAAUAGAUGGCAGCAGCAUACCUUCAUGUCACCUUUAUCUAUCGAUUUGAAAGUAGAGGAACGAGUGUGAAGGUUCCCAGACGCAGUUCUACUCACUCCGCUGACACGGAGAGAGAAUCCGCCCUGUGCUUCACUCAUUCUCUGGCCCCCGUGUUUGCCCUCUGAUUGUCUCUGUUCUUCUCAGUCCAACCAUGCAGACGCCGGCAGAGUCCAUCAUCCACAGUGGAUAUUUCCACCCAACACUGCGACACUGGCAGAGCUGUGCUGCAGACCUCCGACCAGACAACCUCAUCUACCCCAUCUUCAUAACAGACAGUGAGGACGCAGUGGAGCCCAUUAACAGUCUGCCGGGUCAGGCCAGAUAUGGAAUCAACCGACUGGAGGACUUCUUGACACCUUUGGUUGGGAACGGGCUGAAGUGUGUGCUGAUUUUUGGCGUCCCUGCAAAGAUUUCAAAGGACGACAGAGGUUCUGGUGCCGACACUGACGACACGCCGGCGGUUCUGGCGGUGAAGAAAAUCCGAUCUUUGUUCCCACAGCUACUGGUGGCCUGUGACCUUUGCCUGUGUCCGUACACAUCACAUGGUCACUGUGGUAUUCUCAACGAUGAUGGAACUCUGAACAAUGAUGCCAGCUGCCUGCGCUUAGCAGAGGUGGCGCUAGCAUACGCCCGAGCAGGCUGUCACAUCAUCGCGCCGUCAGACAUGAUGGAUGGAAGAAUUCGGGCUAUAAAACAAGCUCUGAUCUCCAACGGUCUAGGAAACAAGGUGUCAGUGCUGAGUUACAGCGCCAAGUUUGCCUCCUGUUAUUACGGUCCGUUUAGAGAUGCUGCUCAGUCCAAACCUGCGUUCGGAGACAGACGCUGCUAUCAGCUGCCCCCUGGUGCCAGAGGACUGGCAAACCGAGCUGUGGAGCGAGACGUGAGAGAGGGGGCAGACAUGCUGAUGGUCAAACCUGGGCUCCCUUAUCUGGACAUUGUCAGAGAGGUCAAGGACAAGUUUCCCAACCACCCGCUGGCUGUGUACAACGUGUCAGGAGAGUUCGCCAUGAUGUGGCACGGAGCGCAGGCUGGAUCCUUCGACCUGAAGGCUGCGGUGAUGGAGGCCAUGACUGCCUUCCGCCGUGCAGGCGCUGACAUCAUCAUCACCUACUACACCCCCCAGCUGCUCAGCUGGCUGAAGGAGUGA